UGUCAAAUAUUCUUCUAAUAGUUGCACUUGUCAUGUUGGUUUGUUUAUAGCGAAGCACCCCUUGGAUUAUUUUAAUAUUUUAUGACAAAAAUGAGCGUUUUACGUGAAAACCGCGAAAACAUUCCAAAGCCGCUGCCCCCUUCGGAAAAUAAAAAAGAAAUCACCCCCGAGGACGUACUCAGGCUACCGAAAAUCACGGAUAGAUACUUGUGUGACCCAGAUGCAAAUAUUUAUGAAAUAGAUUUUACCAGGUUUAAAAUAAGGGAUCUGGAGAGCGGGGCCGUACUAUUCGAAAUAGCUAAACCAGCAAACAUUGAUGGCUCCACAGAAAUUAACUGCGAAAAUGAUGAAGCCAUUGACCCAAACUCUGGUAGAUUUGUAAGAUAUCAAUUUACACCACAGUUUUUAAAAUUGAAAACUGUUGGGGCAACGGUUGAGUUCACUGUGGGUUCUCGUCCAGUAAACAGAUUUAGGAUGAUCGAAAGACACUUCUUCAGAGAUAAACUGCUAAAAACUUUUGACUUUGAAUUUGGGUUCUGCAUUCCAUACUCUAGGAACACUUGCGAGCAUAUUUAUGAAUUUCCUACGUUGCCGCAAGAGCUUGUUAAUGACAUGAUUGCGAAUCCAUUUGAGACGCGCUCGGACAGCUUCUACUUUGUGGAUGACUGCCUCAUAAUGCACAAUAAGGCUGACUAUGCCUACAAUGGAGGAAUGCAGGCAUAGCUGAGGUCGUUUGAUGAAGAUGACAUUGUUUAAGCUGACAGUAGCAACACAAUAAAUGCUUUUUUUUUCCUAUGAGUGAUGGAAUGCCAUAACAUUCCAAGAAACUCGGUGAGAAUCACAAUUUUUUAUGAGCCUGCUGAGGUGGGACAGGCACAAAGUUUACCCUUUAAAGCUUUUAGACAAAUAUUUUAGCCAAUAUAUCUAAUAUUAUACUUAUAAAAUGUAUUUAUUAUAUUAAAGUUCACAUUCAGCUUUUUGCAAUGAAAGUUUAAUCAAAAAAAAGGUGCACUGUUGACCUAGUUUAGUUUAUUGUGUUGCGAUAGAUUUAAUUAGAAGGGACAUGCAUCAAGUCAAAGGAUCAUUUAUAUAUUAUUUAUUGAUUUAUUACUGCAACUAAAAGGAUACUACCUCUAUUAUUUUUACUACACUGCACUGAUAUUUGUAUACCAAAGAAAAACUAUAUUUUUAUGCUUUAUAUUAUAUGACCUAUGUAUAACCUUGUGCACCUACAUGUUAUUUAAUUGCAGUGGUUUGUAUGUAAAUGUUAUGUUUUUAUACUUUGUGUUCAUGAUGAUAAUAAAAUAUGAUUAAAAAAAUA